AUGGUUGGACAAGAAUACAAAUUAAGAUUCCCACGUGGAUUCCAUGCUUACCCAUUCAACACCCACAAGCUUGAAGGUGCUGGUCUUCCAAAGGGUUACCUCACCCUCAUCGGUGUUGCUGCUACUAUGACUGCUGCUUUCCUCGUUUCAACUGGUGUCAGAACCAACAAACGUCCACAUGUUACUCAUAAUGCUGAAUGGGAAGCUGCUACCAUCAAGUAUGCCCACGAAGUCAAUGCUGAUCCAAUCUACAGAAUCCCACACGAAAAGAAAAUCUUUUUUAAUAAUAAUAAUAAUACUAACAGCAUAUUUUAUAAUAACAACCGAUUUAAUUUAGUUAAUUAA